CGACGGAAAAUUAAUAAAAUCCCGUUCGGGAAAAUAUAUUGUUCUGUGGAAAACGUCAAAGGCUUAAAGAUGCAGCUAAAAUACCUGCGAACCUUGUUGGAGGGUCAGGAGCAAAUUCAACGCAUUGCUGGCCUGGCCUGGUCUCCCAACCAACAAAAGUUGGCUAUAGCCUCUGCCGAUCGGCACAUCCUCCUCUACGACGAUGCCGGUGAAAGACGGGAUAAGUUCAGCACUAAGCCCGCGAAUCCCGCCAACGGAAAGAACUCCUAUGUCAUCCGAGGAUUAGCCUUCAGCCCGGACUCCACAAAACUGGCGGUGGGACAGAGCGACAGCAUUGUGUACGUGUACAAGCUGGGUGAGUCCUGGAACGACAAGAAGGUCAUCUGUAACAAGUUUCCCCAGGCGAGUGCAGUCACGGCUCUUAUCUGGCUUUCUUCAGGAGCCAUAAUCGCAGAGAAAUCUUUCAAUGUGUCCCCAGGACUGGAGGAUGGAAAAAUCCGUGCUCUUCACAGCAAGAACAACAAGUCGCAAAGCCUUUACGGCGGCGACAGCAUCUGCAUUUCGCUGGCGGCCAACACCAAGGGGACUGGGUUCCUCAGCGGCCACAACGACGGCACCAUCAUCCGCUACUUUAUGACGGAUGAGGCGACGGAGCCACUUGGUAGAGUGGUUCAGCAUCCGGUGCCGCCAUUCGCUCUUGCCUGGCCGCAAGGAGGAUUCUGCGCGGGCGGCUGCGAUCAGCGCAUAGUCUUCUAUGACAACAUGGGUCGCCAGCUACGCACCUUUGAUUACUCCCGAACCGAAGGAGAACGAGAGUUCACAGUGGCCGCCUGCAGCCCCAACGGACAGGCGGUGGCCUUCGGCAGCUUCGACCGUAUCCGCAUCUUUGCCUGGAGUCCUCGACAGGCCGCCUGGAGCGAGAGUGCCACCAAAGAGGUAUCCUGCCUGUACACCAUCACCUCGCUCAUCUGGCGGAGGGAUGGCGCCCGGCUCGCCCUGGGGUCCGUGAGUGGAGCGGUGCUCCUCUUUGAGUCCGUCCUCCGUCGCACUGUCUGGCAGGACAAGUUUGAGCUGAUCUUCGUGGCUCCCAGCCAGCUUUUGGUGCGAACCCUGACAGAGCCCUCCCAGCAGCUGACCAUUGAGUCGCAGCUGGGACUCGAGAUAGACGACGUAAGGAUCAUGGGCAGGGAUAACUACCUCGUGGCCCGCACUGAGGAGUCGCUGAUUCUGUGCGACCUGACCCGCAACCUAAGCAGCGAGGUUCCAUGGACAGCGUCUGGCCACCACGAGCGUUUCUACUUUGAGAAUCCGAACGUGUGCCUGGUCUUCAACGUCGGUGAGUUGAGUUUGGUGGAGUACGGCGAUAACUGCAUCCUGGGAUCCGUGCGGACCGAGUUCGUUAAUCCCCACGUGAUAUCCGUUCGCCUCAACGAGCGAGGAAACGCUAGGGAGAACAAGAAACUGGCCUUCUUGUUGGACGCCAAGACCAUAUGCGUUGUGGAUCUAGUGAGCCAGAUGACCUACGGACAGAUCAGCCACGAGACCAAGAUCGACUGGCUGGAGCUAAGUGAGACGGCCCACAAGCUGCUCUUUCGGGACAAGAAGCUGCGUCUCGUCCUGGUGGACACCUACACGGGCAAGAAGCAGACCCUUCUCAGCAACAUAUCCUUCGUCCAGUGGGUGCCCCAGAGCGAUGUGGUCGUGGCCCAGAGCAACACGAACCUGGCCAUUUGGUACAACAUUGACCUGCCCGAGCACGUCACCAUGCAGUCCAUUCGCGGAGAGGCCAUCGAGGUGUUGCGGGAGAAUGGACGCACUGUUGUCCGCUCCCAGGAUGGGCCGAGUGAGCACAACUACCAGCUGGAUGAGGGCCUCGUGGAGUUUGGCACGGCAGUGAAUGACAGCGAUUUCGGAAGGGCGGUUCACUUCCUGGAAUCCUUGGGCGACAAACCCGCUGCCAAGGCCAUGUGGCACAACCUAGCCAUCAUAUCUCUGGAAGAUGGAAACCUGCGCGUAGCCCAGCGCUGCUAUGCCGCCUUGGGCAACGUUUCGAAGGCCUACUACCUGGCCGAGAUGAUUCAGCUGGCGGAUGAGUUCGAGGCUUCCACUGGCUCGCCAGGGCUUCUGUGCCCCGAGGUUCGUGCCAAGAUGGCGCUUCUAGGAUCGGACCUGCGCACGGCAGAGCGCAUAUACCUGGAGCAGGGCAACAUUGAAGCCGCCCUGAAGAUGUACAAGCAGCUGGGCAUGUGGGAUGAGGCGGUUGCGCUGGCAGAGAGACGCGGUUACGGAAAUAUAGCGGAGCUGAAGCAGCAACACAUGGAAUACCUGAUGAGCAGCGAGCAGCAGGAGAAGGCUGGACUCGUGCUGGAGGAGCAGGGUGACGUUCAGCAGGCCAUGUCGUUGUACCUAAAGGCCAAUAAGCCGGCCAGGGCUGCCCGGCUUGCCCUGAAAACCCCACAUCUUCUGCAGGAUGAGCAACUGAUGCUGCAGGUCACGGAGGGACUGGUGCGCUCGGAGCUCUACGAGCUGGCCGGGGACAUUGCCCACCGAUUGUCCCGUCCGGAAGCAGCUCUGGCGCUCUACCGCAAAGGUGGGGCCUACGCAAGAGCCCUGGAGCUGGGACGGGUAGUGGCCCCUCAAGAGGUUACGUCGCUAGAGGAGGAGUGGGGCGACUGGCUGGUGAGCCGCAAGCAACUGGAUGCCUCCAUAAACCACUACAUCGAGGCAGGUGCCACCCAGAAGGCUUUGGAGGCAGCCGUUGGAGCCAAGCAGUGGCGCAAAGCUGUGCAAAUAGCAAAGGUUCUGGACGAGCCGGAGCUCAUCCAGCGGUACGCCCUAGAUCUGGCCAAACAUUUGGCCUUUGCCGGAGACCUGGACGCCGCCGAGGACAUGCUGGUGAGAGCCAACCUCCACAAGGAAGCUAUUGAACUGCUGAACCGCCAUGGAAAGUGGGAGCGGGCCUAUGUAAUUGGAGAGAAGUACCUGCCGUCGGAGCAGCUCAGGGAGCUUUUCGUGCAACUGGCAUCAACCUUGGAGGAGCAGGGAAAGUACAGGGAUGCGGAAAAAGUCCUCAUAGCCGUCAAUGAGCCGGAUUUGGCAAUAGCCAUGUACAAGCGCCGGGAGCUCUACGACUCCAUGAUUCGUUUGGUGGAGAAGCAUCACAAGGAUCUUCUCGACAGCACCCACCUCCACCUCGCCCGGCAGCUGGAGUCGAGGGGAAAACUGAAGAACGCCGAACUGCACUUCGUGGCCUCCGGAGACUGGAAAUCGGCAGUCCAUAUGUACUGCUCGUCGGGACGCUGGGAGGAUGGCUAUCGCGUGGCCAAGCAGAAGGGCACAGAGGGAGCCAGCCAGCAGGUGGCCUACAUGUGGGCCAAGUCCAUGCCCACAGAGAGUGCUGUCCGAUUGCUGAGCAAGCUAGGGCUCCUGGACACCGCUGUGGGCUUUGCCUGCGACUCCGGACAGUUCGAGUUCGCCAUGGAACUGUGCAGAUUUGCGGGAAAGCCUACGGAUGAGGUUCACUUGAAGAUCGCCAUGUCGCUGGAAGACGAGGGAAAGUUUGAAGCCGCGGAGGAGGAAUUCUUGAAGGCCCACAAGCCCAGGGAAGCCAUACUGAUGUACCAGCAUGCUGGGGACUGGCAGGCCGCCCUAAAUGUGGCUGAACAGCACCUUUCGGAGGCGGUGGGGGAAGUCCUGAUCGGACAAGCAUCGGCGGCCCUGGAGACCAGAAACUACAAGGACUACGAGGCUCUGCUUCUGAGAGCCCAACGCCCGGACUUGAUUGUGGAACACUACAAGCAGGAGUCGCUGUACGAGGACGCUUUGCGGAUCGCCGAAGAGCACUACCCGACAGCGUUGAAUGAUUUGAGGCGCCUGCAGGCUCAGCUUCAAAGGGGCCAAGCCCAGGCUCAGGCCAACGAGGAUGCCGCCUCCAUUUCGAGGUCUUACCUCCAGAAGGCGGCAGAGUUCGCGAAGAAGGAGCAGUUCCGCAAGGCAGCCGAGUGCCUCAUGCAGAUAGAUUCGUCCAACGCCGAGAACGCAGUCACCUUAGAAAGAGCCUUGCUUCGAGCCGCGGAGAUAUGCAACCAGUUCCUAGAGGGUCAGGAUGCCCAGGAGCUGGCGCAGACUCUAGGCCCCCGACUUCUGGCCAUCAAGCAGAUAGGACCGGCUGCCCAGCUCUACCUGGCAGCCGACAUGCCCAAGCAGGCGGUGGACGUCUUCAUCAAAACCGAACAGUGGAGCAAGGCUCGGCGGCUGGCCAAGGAGAUUGAUGCAGACCUGCAACUCCUGGCCUACGUGGAGCAGCAGCAAAAGCUCUCCCUGAAGAACGAGGGCAACAUCGAACAGCUGGCGGACAUUGACGUGGUAUCCGCCUUGGAUCUCCUGGCGGAGCAAGGCCAGUGGCAACGUUGCCUGGAGAAGGCCAAGCAGCUGAAUCCACAGGUCCUCCAAAAGUACGUGGCGGUUUAUGCGGCACAACUCAUCCGGGAAGGCAACUGCACCACUGCCCUGGGGCUCUACUUGACGUACGGAGCUCCACCCAUCGAGGCUCACUACAAUAUCUACACCAGGAUCGCCUUGGAUUGCCUGGCACUGAGGGAGGAGCAAUCGGAGGGCGGCUCGUUGUGGCGCCAGCUGAGGGAGUUCCUCUUUCGCUUGAUACACUCUCUGAAGGAGUCUCCCGAGCAAGCUCAGUCCAGUUUCACUGGCAGCAUGGAGCAGUUCCUGUUGGUAGCCCAUUACUACGCCACCCGAGCCGCUUGCAGGGAGGUCCAGGCCCUUCAGCCGGUGGCACUUCGUCUUUCAUUGGCUCUGCUCCGGCACACGGAUCUUCUGCCGGUGGAUAAGGGCUUCUACGAAGCUGGGAUGGAUCUUCGCCAGGCAGGUCGCGAGUCCGAGGCCUUUGUAAUGCUUAAUCACUACCUGGACGUGUGCGAAGCCAUCGAAGAGGGCUCCGGGCAGUUGGUGGAUCAUUCCGACCUGGCUAGCACCGAUUUUCCCAGCUCCGUACCAUUGCCGGAGGACAUUCACUUGAAGAACGACCCGAAUCUGCACGAGGAGGUGCGUGAGUGGGUGCUGGCCGUGAGCAUGGAUCAGCAGGUGGAUCAGCAGCUGCCCACCGACGAUCGCGGCUUGUACGAGUCGAGCUUGGGGUCGGGCGAUCUGGCCUGUCUGCUGAGCGGGUUCCCAGUCAGAGGCCGCCAGCCGGUAACCUUCCAGGGAUCGAGCAACCAAGUCAAUCGUGACGUCUGGAGCAAGUUCUCUGUAGCCGUAAAGAUGUCCCCCGGCACUGGCAUUGCCGACAUUAUAACCUUCACCGAAAAGUGGCAGGGAACAGCCAACUACGUAAUGCACUAAAUGAAAAGACCAAUUUUUUU